AAUCACCUGCCAAACCCAAUCGUCAAACUCAACCCUAACAAAAACAGAACAGACCAAAAGCCAUUAUUAUUAUGCGUUAAAAGUAGACUUAAGGGGCUGUGCAGUUGUAGGUCUACCAACUGGUAGUUAGGUUUUGAACUCACUUAAGCAAUAAAACUCAAACCACCAUUACUAGUUAGUUAGUUUCAUGAACCCUGCCUUAUUGCUUACCUUACUUAAAGUUUCAUUUUUUAUCACACGUGAGAAACCUGGAACCAUUACCAGACAAAUAUUCUUUGAAUUAUUAUUGCUAUUCCAUUCUUCUGUUUCCAUUAAUAUAUAUAUGUAUUAUUUAUUGCCUGUUGCUGUUGGUCCAUUUUUCAAGUUACAUUAAAAAUAUUUAUAUAAAUAAACAAUACUCUUUUAAUUAAUUGGGUUGGCGUCAAUGUUCCAAUGAUAAGGAGGUUGGUUGGUUCUGUCUGGGGAUGAUAAGAGUAUCUGUAUCUCUUGGGAUUUGCUAUUUGUUCUAUAAUUUUUUUUUGUCUUUGUGUUUUAUGCUUCUUCUGUUCCCUGUCCCAGGCGCAUCAUUUCUGGGCUUUUUAGGAUUUGUUGAGUAAUCACCUUUUUGUUGGGGAAGUACUGUUUGUGAUCAGUCAUUUUAUGGAGAGAGCUGGAAUGAUUUCUACUUCAUCUCAGAACAUUUGACCUGAGGUUUCUGGAAUUGGAAAGUUGUGAUGGCUACUUACUAUGCUGGUUUAAGCAGCCAGAGAGAGAAUUUGCAAAGUCCAUAUCCAGGUGACCAAAAACUUGCUUCAUAUUCUGAACAUCCCUCCCAUCAUAGUAACAUGACAGUUUAUUUGAACCAUGCUUCUGCUGCUGGUUCAUAUUCAGAAUUUUUAUCUGGGAGUUCCUUGUCUUCUCACAAUUGUGCUGAAUUCCUGUCUGUUGGAGACAGAAAUGAGAUGGUGUUCAUUCCACCAACUAGUGACACUAUGAAUUUGCAAUCUAUCGACGGACACAUAGACACAUCAGCAGGUAAUCCAGUGGGCAACCCUGUUAAUGGGGAUCCACAGGUGGUUUCGAGGACACAGGUUGGCAUUUUAGGUAACGAUCUUAAUGCUCAGAGUCAGGGGUUAUCUCUGAGCCUUGGCACGGAGAUGCAAUCUGCAAUUUCGGUGCCUUCAUUUCAGUAUCAGAAUCCAAAUGUAAUUUUGCCUUCAUUUUCGAGUCUACAUCUCCCUAUAUUGGGUAAGUGGAUGUUAUCCUGUGAAGGUGAUGAAAGUAAUCAAAGUAAGGGAUUGAAAAGUUCUGAGUGCUUGCUUACAUUUGGUGGAGGCAACCAUACCCCUAUCAAAGCAGAGGUGUCCAGAAAUCCUCAGUGCUUAGAUAGCCACAGAGAUAUUCACACUGAUGCAUAUAUGUAUCAACCUUCAAGUUAUGCUAAUGCUAUCACAAACUCUAAAUUUCUCAAGGCAGCUCAGCAACUGCUUGAUAAAGUGGUUAGCGUGAGAAAGGUCCUUAAGCAGCCUCCGUCUGAUAAAUGUCUUGAUGAAACUAAGGAGACUGAUGCAAAAGCUAACAAGCAAUCUAUACCUCUCUCAUCUAGCGGGAUGUCAUCAGGCCCUAAAGAGUCAAUUGCGAACUCCUCUUCUGAGUUAUCUCCUGCAGAACGGCAGGAUUUACAAAACAAGAAGACAAAACUUCUGUCCAUUUUGGAUGAGGUAGAUAGAAGAUACAGGCAGUAUUACAACCAAAUGCAAUUGGUGGUAUCGUCCUUUGACAUGGUAGCAGGUCAUGGUGCAGCUAAGUCAUACACAGCACUUGCUCUCCAAACAAUUUCCCGCCAUUUCCGCUGUUUACGCGAUGCAAUCAGCAGUCAGAUAGAAAUAGUGAGGAAAAGCCUUGGGGAAGAAGACACUUCAGCUAAUGGUCAAGGAGGGAUACCACGGCUCCGCUAUGUGGAUCAGCAGCUCAGACAACAGAGGGCUCUUCGGCAGCUCGGUGUCAUGCGACAUGCCUGGAGACCUCAAAGGGGACUUCCUGAGAGCUCUGUUUCAAUCCUUCGAGCUUGGCUUUUUGAGCAUUUUCUGCAUCCCUACCCUAAUGAUUCAGAGAAAAUCAUGCUAGCAAAGCAGACAGGCUUGAGCAGAAAUCAGGUUGCAAAUUGGUUCAUAAAUGCACGAGUGCGGCUUUGGAAGCCCAUGGUUGAGGAAAUAUAUAAAGAAGAAUUUGGUGAUUUAGAAGCAAAUUCUAGAUCUUCUCAGGAUGAUGAUGCAACCAAAGCACUAGGAGAGAAUCAGUUGGCAUCUGAUAAUAGGCUAGACGAAUUGCAGGAUAGUUUGACAUCUGCAGCCGCUGAUGGAAUCCAAACAGGACAAGUUUAUGACAGGAAGCCUGAUCGUAUUCCUGAUGUAGAAAUGAAAAGACCUAUGGGAAAAACAGUGCUUCAGAAUUGUUCUCAUGUUGACAAUAUCAUAGAUACAGGGAUUAUGAAAUUCCAGCACGAGUUUAGGUCUAACAUGGAUGACCAUAGCUCUUGUCCAGACAAGAACACCCCACUCGACCCACAUGGUGUUGGGAGUCUUAUGCCUGGUGCUUUUAAGUAUGAUAUAUCGGCAUUGAGUGAAUUUGCUAUUGGGAGUCAGGUAUCGCUUGCACUGGGAUUGCAACAACAUGAAAGUGAUGCUUUUCCCAUGGCUGGUGGAAACCAUAUAAGAAGUAGUAAUAUGGCAACUUCUUCUAUGGGAGCUGACACAGUGGAUUAUCAUUGCAUGGAUUCUGGAAAGCAACAGGACAGGUUUGGCAGCUCCCAUCUGUUACAUGAUUUUGUAGUUUGAGGGAAUUCUUGCUUCUGCGUGCUAGCUUUGUGGCUCAAAAAUCAGUCUUAUCAAGAGAAGGAUUGUCAAGUUCAGGGAUAACCAGAAAAACGGAAAUAACAAGCUCUGUGAUGGCGCUCUGCUGCCCAUUAUUCUUCUUGCUUAUGGAUUGAGUAUAAGAAUACUAAAUGCUGCUAGAGGUACUAGAUGUACAUAAGGGGCCAUGAGGCCCACUUGUAAUAUACAAAUAGAUUGGUGGAAUUGUAGACAUAUUUGUAAAGAUACAAUAAGAUGCUUGGGGUCUUCUUUACUCAAUGUUGAAUAAGGAAUUUUUUUACAAGUACUCCUUAAUUGUGACACUGAUGUAUCAUGUCAUUCAGGAUUCUGAAAUAAAUGGGACACAAAAUUUAUCUU